CCUCUCUUCUCUUUCCCAUUGUGAUUCACUCAAACCAAACUACACUCUGCAGAAGUUUUCUUCAUUUUCAACCUUGCAAUGGCUUCCAACAAGCUUAUUGCCACCAUCUUGGUGCUUUCUCUCCUUGCCUACUCCACAUCAACCUAUGCAUGUGGCACAUGCCAUCCCAAAUCUCCUCCUCCUCCUCCUCCUCCGUCCGGGAAGUGCCCUAAGGACACACUGAAGCUAGGGGCUUGUGCUGACAUUCUAGGACUUGUUAAUGUUGUUGUUGGCUCGCCUGUCUCUAGCAAGUGUUGUUCAUUGCUUGAGGGUUUGGCUGAUCUAGAGGCUGCACUUUGCCUCUGCACUGCCAUCAAAGCCAAUCUGCUUGGAAUCAACUUGAAUAUCCCUAUCACACUCAGUGUGCUCCUCAGUGCAUGCCAGAAAAAUGUUCCUUCUGGCUUCCAAUGUCCAUAGAAUUCAUCAUGCUAGGUUCAUCUCAUCACUUGUGUCCUCAAAUUCCUGUCUUCUUACAGUUCUUCUUUUUGUGCAAUGUGUGAUUUUAAUAAUUUGGCAAACACAUGUUUGUCUUAGUAAGUAACCUUUGAUCUUUGUUGGUAUAUUUGGGGAACUUUGGUUGUUUUUCGGGUAUGUUGGAGGUAGAGAGGGGUUUGAUUUGUUAAACCAGAUCUUAAUGACCAAUAUGCACAAUUUAUUUGUACUUCACAAU